CUCGCUCAGCUAGCAGCUAGCUACCCGUUAGCAUUCAUUCGGACUCUACCUGCCCAUCAACACGGAAAUUAACCUGGCCCACACUGCCCUCCCUCCAGCGGGACGCUUUCACCGGCACCGGCCUCGCCUACGCUGCUUUCUCCUCUUCCCGGUUUUUCCCGGCUCUUCGUCCUCCUGGUCCGGACUCUUCGUUAACCCCGAAACAUGUCGGCGGUGCAGCGGAUGAAAGUGGCCAACGAGCGGCACAGCAAGACGAUCACACAGCGGGGACACGUCCAGAAGACAUCGCGGCCUGUGAACGAUGAUAAGUCUCCGGUGGGUCCGUGGCUACUCGCCCUGUUCGUCUUUGUGGUUUGUGGAUCAGCCAUCUUCCAGAUCAUCCAGAGCAUCAGGCAGGGCAUGUGAUGACCUUUGACCCUGGAGCUGAGCCUGCCACAUGGAGACUCUGCUCCACACACACACACACACACACACACACUCACACACACACUCACACACACACACACACACACACACACACACACACACACACUCGUUCCUGUGGAGUUGAUAUCUGAGCUUUCUUCCCACUGUAAACAAACCUCUGUCUUUCUGCAGUAAACUGUGUUUUUGUUUUUUAUUUUCUUUAUUGUUGAUGAAGCUGAUCAGAUAUUGGUUAUUGAUUGCUGUUGGUUGUUGCUGAAGUCUUAAAUCAGAUUUUUAUUGUCUGUGCUGGGAAACGUUGGUCAGUGCUGGUCUGUGGCCGAGCGUCGGCUGCAGCUGGAGCUCAGAUCAGUGAAGUUCUUUGAGUUAAAGGAACAAGCUGCUGAUUUUCAUCUCAUUUCCCUCAGAAACAGCUGCUGACUCCUGUUUGUGGCUCUUUAGUUAAAGGUGCGUCGGAACGAGCGCUGCUGUAAGUGAAAGCUGAGUGAAGUCCAGGUAACGAAGUCACACAGGGACAUGGUGAGACAGAGGACAGGAUGUUUGUGCUUGCUGUUGAUAUUUCACAUUAAAAGCCUGAGUUAUGAACUCACUGUGAGGUCAGCCCUGAUCUCCAUAUUUAACCCACGCCAUCCUCCAGUGACGGCGUCCACGGUGAUUUAACAGCAGGGACGUGUCCUUUCAGCUCUGAGACAACUCUGAUUUUCUUAUAUGAUCCAAAUCACACGUUCUGUCUUUCUGUGCAACACAGACAACAUUCAGGUGUGUGGGAAGAUCAGAGCAGUGAGAAAACAUAAAAUGAUCCUCAGACGUUUGUGGAGUCGUGGAACGCUUCAGUCUGCUCAGACUCUGACUCGACUCUGACUCAGCCAAAGUCACGUUUCAGCUGUUACAGCCAUGAGAAGUCGAUGAAUUCAGGGAUUCAUUGCAGCUGUUUCAUGUCCAGCUGUUUGAACAGUGAUGGUCGGGAGGUUACCAGUUAAAAUCCAGCAUAGAGAGCAGCUGUGGAGUGAGAGCAUGCAGCGGCGAUGGGAAAUGAGAUGUGAGGGAGUUGUGUUUAGUGCCAGUUUGUGUUGUGUGUUUUUUUGUCUGCAGGGAUGAAAGGAUCAAAGAGGAUCUUCUGUGUGUUUUAAAUUUGCUCCAGACUUUGUCUCCUUCUCCCAGCAGGGACGUGCAGGACAGGAUUUGUCUUUAAUGAAUUAAAAGCAGCAGUUUUUUUUGGGCCUUUGUACGUCCGACGUUUUCAUAUAAAACAUCCCAGAAAACUUUUUUAUCUCCAGUUUCCUUUGUGUCAGGAUGUAAAAGGCUCCGGAGCAGAAUCGGUUCUUGUUCGAUGUAAAUAAUUCAAACCACACCCUCAGUAGUCAGACAGAAGCAGCACAGGUGAGGAGAAGCUCCGCCUUUAACACCUGCAGUCGAAGUUCGGCUCUCCGGCUCUCACCAACGUUUCCAGCGAGGAGACGGAAGCUGCAGCGUUUUGAAGCAGCUGGAGGUUUCUGUUGUUGGAGAGGUGACGCUGUCAGAGCGCUUCACUGAGCCUCCUGCUCGACCACAUGAUCCACUUUUAUACAAAUAAACCACAGAUAUUUUCUCUAAAA